UUGAUUACUUAUAAAAGUAAUUUUGUAUAUAGAAUUAUUUGAUAUAUCAAUCAAUUUACAAAAUUUCAAUAAACACGCAAUUUAAAAUGCCUGUAAAAUGUACUAGAAAUUGUGGCAAUAAUGCUAUUCUUAAAAGACCUAAGACUGGUGAUACAUUAUGCAAAGAAUGUUUUAUCUAUGCCUUUGAAACUGAAAUACAUGACACCAUUGUAAAAGGAAAAUUAUUUAAACCUGGAUAUAAGGUAGCUAUAGGAGCAUCUGGUGGAAAAGAUUCGACAGUAUUAGCAUACGUGUUGAAAACUUUGAAUGAACGUUAUAAUUAUGGACUUCAAUUAUUCCUUUUAUCCAUUGAUGAAGGAAUUACAGGAUAUCGAGAUGAUAGUUUGGAAACUGUAGAGAAAAAUAAAGAUGAUUACAAUAUACCUUUAAAAAUAUUGUCUUACAAAGAUAUAUAUGGAUGGACAAUGGAUGAUAUAGUAAAACAAAUUGGAAGAAAAAAUAAUUGUACCUUCUGCGGUGUAUUUCGUAGACAGGCAUUAGAUAGAGGAGGAGCAUUAUUAGGUGUCAAUUGUAUUGCUACGGGUCAUAAUGCAGAUGAUAUAGCUGAAACAGUUUUAAUGAAUAUUCUACGUGGCGACAUUGCCAGAUUGAAAAGAUGUACCGCUAUAAUAACGUCGGGAGGAGAUACUAUUUUUAGAUGCAAACCAUUAAAAUAUGCUUAUGAAAAAGAGAUUGUUAUGUAUGCACAUUUUCAAAAAUUAGUUUACUUUUCUACCGAAUGCAUAUAUGCUCCUAACGCUUAUCGAGGACAUGCUCGAACGUUUCUAAAAGAUUUGGAGAAAGUGAGACCAACGUCUAUCAUAGAUAUCAUUCAUUCCGGUGAACGAAUGCAAGUAAAGAGCAGUGUGAAAAAUCAAGAACAAAGAAACUGUACUAUUUGUGGAUUUGUUUCAAGUCAGGAAAUAUGUAAGGCAUGUAUAUUAUUAGAAGGUUUAAAUAGGGGACUUCCUAAAUUGGGAAUUGGUAAAUCUAAUAAAGUUAAAAAUAUAUUAAAUGCAAAUACGAGUGAAAAUGCUAAAAGUAAAGAUGUAUCUUCAAGCAAAAUUGCAAUAGAUUUUUAAUAUAAAUUUAAAAUAUGUUAAAGUGUGUGUGUGUUUCUUUUGUGUAAUUAAA